AUGGUCGGCAGAUGGUGCCUCGUUGCUGGUGCUUUCCUUGCAGGGAGUGCGGCGCGGUGUGAGGAGGAUCUGUGGCUCUCAGAAGUCAUGGAAGAGGUUUCGAGGCCCGUGGUGGACUUCACAGAGCUACCCAAGGUGACUCUGAGACUGGAUGAGAAGGUCUCGAACCUCAGCCGGGCCCUUUACAUCCUCCCGUGGCGCCGGUCUCGAACCUCAGAAGCCGCGCCCGCGAGCACGGCGUCAGCGUUGGUGGAGCUUUGGCGUCAGCUGCCGCCCUUAGCGGUGCUGGCGGUGAGGGGUACGGAACACUUCGAGCUGCUGAAGAGGCUGCUUUUUGCCACUCAAGAGAGGAGCCAUUCACAGGUGGAUUUGGACGUCCAAGAGUUCGCUUGCACCGCUUGCGGCUGCCUGGCGCUUCGGGGUGCCACCGGCGUAAAAACCGGCGGCCGCGGGCGGCUUUGGCGCUGGCAACGGCGUGUGGCUGGGAGGAUGAAGCAACUGGGUGAGGCCUGCAAGACAGACAAGGUCUGGCGCCACUCUUACCAUUUGAUCUAUGACCGGGUGCUACCUGAGACCUUGGAGCCAGGGUCCUGCUUCCUGGAGAUUGGCUAUGGCUGCGGCAUGUCCUACGACGUGGGCGCUUCCGCACGACUUUGGGCAGAGCUUUACCCCCAAACACAGGUGCACAUGGUGGACCACAACAAGGCCUGUGUCCAGAACAUGGGCCAAGAUUUUCUGAACCGGCAGAACUACACGGUUCACAUUGCUGACCAGAGCAGCAUCAAAGAUCUCGAGAGAUUGAAGGAUGAUCUUUAUGAUGGCUGCUCGGGACAACUUUCAGUGAUCAUUGACGAUGGCUCGCAUCAAUCUCAAGACAUCAUUACAUCUUUCCUGUCCUUAUACCCGAUGCUGGGUUCAAAAGGCCUUUACUUUAUCGAAGAUCUGGGCUCCAGCGCCUAUCGGAGCAUGUAUCGUGAUAGCGCUCUCGCGGGUCAGGAAGCUCCAGGGAACAGCCUUUACUUCAUGGCUUCCCUGCUGCGACACCUUCUUCGUAAGGGAUCGACUCCGGAGAGGACAGCCUACCCCCAACUGCGAGCGCUGCAGUGUCGACGCAACAUGUGCGUGGUGAAGAAUUGGUGA